GUGAUUAACGUCGGUUAAUCCGCGCGCAGUCUCCGUUGUCUUCGAGCAGGAGGAUCUUCAAUGUUUUGAACGCAGACUCUCCGGCGUCCAGAAGAUCAUGACGGAGGAGCACGCGACAGGUGGUGCAUGCCUGUCCCAAUCAGCCCGCAGGGUGACUGCUGGAGGAGAGGGCGGGGCUGAUGUCACAAGGGAGGCGUGGCCUGCACAACCACGCCCUUUAUCACAUGACCGGGUCACACUAGUAGUGGACGGGACUCAUUUUGUGGUGGAUCCUGCGGUAUUCACAGCUUACCCGGAUGCUACAGUGUUUCCUCAGAAUGUUCGGUCGAGCGCGUCAGCACAGUUUCACGCGACCAAACGCUAAAGGUGAAUAUGAAAUCGCAGAAGGCAUCGGCGCCAACAUCUUCAGAGUAAUCCUGGAUUAUUACCGUGUCGGCGUGCUGCACUGUCCGGAGGGCUUGUCUUUGGCGGAACUGCGCGAAGCGUGCGAUUAUCUGUGUAUAAACUUCGACUACAGCACUGUCAGAUGCCGAGACCUCAGUGCUCUCCUGCACGAGCUGUCCAAUGACGGCGCUCGGGGGCAGUUCGAGGCGUUCCUGGAGGAGCUGUUGGUGCCGGCAAUGGUUGCGAGCGCUCAGGAAGGAGAACGAGAGUGCCACAUCGUGGUGCUCACGGACGACGAUAACGUAGACUGGGAUCACGACAACCCUCCGCCGAUGGGAGAGGAAAACUCGCAAAUCCUCUACAGCACCAAACUCUACCGUUUCUUCAAGUUCAUCGAGAACAGAGACGUCGCGAAAGCUCUGCUGAAGGAGCGAGGCCUGAAAAACAUUCGCAUCGGGAUCGAGGGAUACCCCACCUGUAAGGAGAAGGUGAAGCGACGUCCAGGUGGCAAGUCCGAGGUCAUCUACAGCUACGUCCAGCGUCCCUUCAUCCAGCUGUCCUGGGAGAAAGAGGAAGGGAAGAGCAGACACGUGGACUUCCAGUGCGUCCGCAGCAGGAGCGUCCCGAACCUCAUCACAGCCGUGGGGGAGGGGCCUAUGCGGGCCGGGGCCACGCCCACUCCGCAGGUCGACGAGUUAGAUCGGCUGAAUGGCCCCGCCCCUCCCAGUCUCGACCAAUGACUAAUGGAUUCAACUGUUGGAACUAGAAACACUGACUGGACAAUAAUACACCUCAUUCAUAUUCAUGAUGUCACGCUCAUUAAUAUUCAGCACCUCAUUUCAUAUUCAUAUAGAUAGACAUUUCAUAUUGAUUCGUUCGAAUUUUGACUCAUUUCAUCCACGUCACUGGUUCAGUGAACUUAAAAGUACUUGAGAUCUUUUCACCGCUGUGUCCUUGAGCAAGUUCUUGCCAUUACUGCACUGCAUUUGGCUUUGGAUAAAACAAUAUUUGCUUAACCAAUAACCAAUGAAUAAAAAAAAAAACAGUCACCUUUUCAGGGUUUUGGAUUAUUGAAGAUCACAUGCAUUAUUUUAGAAUUCAUUUUAGCGAGGAUUUUCCAUCUGUCGGCGCCAUCUAGUGUCAAGGUGAUGGAUAGAAAAUAGUGUAAAUAUCAUUUAUAAAACACUUAAGCGUUUUCUUUGUUUUAUAUAAUUUGUAAGUGGUUUUCAAUAAAAGUAUCUGCACAAAAGUUUGGAAUAAU